AUGCGUUCUUCGCACUUCCUCUCUCUCUCUCCAUCACCCACUCCCUCCCUAUCCAGUCCUCAACCGCCAAUUCGAUUCCUUUCCGCCCACGCUCACACCACCACAGUCCCUCCCAUUCACCAAUCACUUCGGCACAUAUAUGCUCUGCUCUCCUAUAAGGCGCUCAUGCACCACCCACUUCCCACAUCCACUUCCCCUCGACGUGGUCACACCACCUUUGGUAGCUCUCCACCACUCGCAAAUGCCAACAGCAGUCUCCGACUCACUGGCCAACUCAAUGACACCAAUGCUACCGACGCCACCAAAUCCACUUGCAAGCACGAAGACUGA